AUCCAAUUUUUUCAUCCUGGUUGUCCUCCGUUCUUCUGUUGAAGUAAUAAGAUUGUCACUCCUGAGCCGCCGUUUUUAGGACCUGCACGAUGACCUCUGCUCUGCUAAAUGACUGCAUGGACACACCCACUGUAACACAUUCGUAAUCUCCAUCUGUAAAUCCUGCUGUCGCUUAAAUUCAAAGCGCUAAGUGAAGAGACGAGGCAGUGAAGGUGCCAGUGAAAGGGAACAAUAAUAAUGAACUGAAGUGAAACAGAACAAGGCCAAGGAGGAGAGUCAACAAAUCAAAGAUGAACACAAAGGCUCGGAGGAGAAAGUUGGGAUAUAUUUGAGACGAGGAGUUUCAAGAGAGAUCUUCUGUCCGUCAUUUCAUCCCCUCUCUGCUUGUGUUCCACCAUGGUGGACUUUUUCCUCAACCGAGUUCUGGUGGAGAACAACUGGGAUCAGGAUGAGCUCAACACUGAGCGGGAAAUUACUGGCAUUCUGGAAAACCGGAUCCUCAUGCUGCUCUUUGCAUGCGGAGAGUGUGACAAAUGCUGGGAGUUUGUGCCCGUUCUCAACGACUUUUUUAAACGACUGAAAGACCCAGCUUACAUUGAAUAUCCCAGAUUGCUGGCGCUCAUUUACAUCAGUUUGGACCAAUCAGAGGAGCAGCAGAGAAGAUUUCUUAAAGAGAUGCACAAAAAGGUUCUGUUUUUGGCCUUUGAGGACCCGUACAGGAAGGAACUCCAGGCCAAGUUCAAGGUGAAAGAUGUCCCGACCAUGGUGGUCCUUCGUCCAGAUGGCUCCGUCCUGUCUCAGAAUGCUGUACAGGACAUCUAUCGGUUUGGUUCCGAAUGUUUCCGCAACUGGCAAGAAUCAUCAGAGCUGAUUGAAAGAAGCUUCAUGCUCAACGAGGAGUUUGACAACCUGAAUAUGCGCAGCGCCACCGACCCCGUGAGGAGGCUCAAAUAUAAGACGGAGGAGGACAAGAGGAAAAAAAGAUGGUGGAGGUUGUGAGGUGGAGGGAAAGCUGUCAAUGAAGAAAGUGAAAUCGUGGAAUACAAAGAGAGAGGAGGGCUUUAAAGGAACACGGAGACGACAAAAGGAAGGACCGAAGAGAAGUGUGUGUUCUCUCUAGAGAAGACAAAGCUUAUCCAGGAUUCUCCUUUUUAUUUGUAGUCCUGAAAAACAACACCAAUCGAUACGAUUAUUGAGAAAUGUCCAACAAAAGAUGGCUGCAGUGAAAGGUCUGCUUUUCAAGAGUCCACAGUUGCCAUUUUGAGCUGAUAUUGUUCUCCGAUGUCUCACGCUUUGUAGGGACCACCAGGGGUGCUGCUGGAAAAUUGGGUCUCUGCGUAAAAUAAUCACUUCGGGCCCCAUCAUUUCAAAUGAUGCAAGCUGAAAAUAUUAUUUCCCGGGGGCCUUGUCAGUGACCGGCCUGUAGAAUCGUCAUCACUUCCAAAUGUGGGUGUAUUAGAAAUGAGCUUCUUUUACAUGAUACAUUUCGUAUAUUAAAGCAGUAAUUGCCAAGCAGUGUACCGCGGCACAUUAGUGUACUGUUCAAGAUCUGAUGUACCAGGGGAAAUUAUCUGAAAUUAUAUUUCAGAUAAUUGGUGGGAAUUCUUUGUUUUUAUGCUACAAAUAAUGUAUUUGGUUUAUUUAGCUAUGACAGUGACAUAGUAUAUAGAAGGCCACUAGAUAGCAGAAGGUACAUAAUUAACCUGUAUACCCAUUUAUUAUUUGGUGAUGUGCUGUGAAAUUAUUUCUAUUGUGCCCUGACCCCGUAAAGAAUGAGACACACUGCUUUAAAGGUACUAAAAGUAAUUUCACAGCAUUAAAUAUCAUGAACAUCUUAUCCACACUGUAUCAGGAGCUCCCGGAGGUGAAGCGACAAGCUGAAGCACACUUAAACCUGCGCCUGCAGUUCGACUGACAAACACGAUAGUUCACCUAGUCAUAAUAUUAGAAUUCCCUGUGAUCGUCACUUUUGUGUACUCAGAUGCAUACGGCUUCCAAUAAAUAUAUCUUUCUGCUGCA